CAGAAGAAAAGAAACGGCCACUUAUGUAAAAAAAAAAGAAACGGCGACCCCAAGUACAACCUUCACGGAAAGAAAAGGCAGCGUCCCUUUGUAUUGCCAAAUAUGACUCUAUAAAUAACGUUUUCGUCAGCUGUUCCUCAUUCAUUCCCUGCUCUUUUCUUUCAAUCAACUCAACAUUUUCCUUCAUUAUCUUUUUAAUCUCUCGCAUUACUAAACAAUACUGCAAACCAUGGAUACUACUCAAACGCUCACCGGACUUCUCAAACGCGUUGCCGGAGAGUUUCCCGACAACCGUGCUGUUUCUGUUUCUGGCAAAUUUGAUUUAACACAUUCUCAGCUUAAUGAAUUAGUUGAACACGCCGCUUCACGACUUGUUGCGGCUGGGAUUAAGCCCGGCGACGUUGUUGCUCUUACUUUCCCUAAUACCAUCGAGUUUGUAGUCAUGUUUCUAGCCGUAAUUCGAGCUCGAGCUACGGCUGCACCGCUCAAUGCAGCUUACACAGAUGAAGAAUUUGAGUUUUACUUGUCAGACUCGGAGUCCAAGCUUUUAUUAACACCACAAGAAGGCAAUGCCUCGGCUCAGUCUGCAGCUUCCAAGCUCAACAUUACUCAUGCCACUGCUUUAUUGCCAGCAGCCGAUUCUAAACUCGCGAUUUCGCUUCCUGAAUCGGGCAUAAACUCAGUUGUGAAUCUUGACAACGAGCCAGGCGAUGUGGCUUUAUUCCUCCACACCUCUGGCACUACAAGUAGACCGAAAGGGGUCCCCUUGACUCAGCUUAAUUUAGCUUCCUCGGUUAGAAACAUCAAGUCGGUGUAUAAACUAACCGAUUCUGACUCAACUGUUAUUGUCCUGCCUCUGUUUCAUGUCCAUGGAUUAUUAGCAGGGUUAUUAAGCUCUCUUGGAGCUGGAGCUGCUGUUACUCUUCCUGCUACAGGCAGAUUCUCUGCUUCAACAUUUUGGAAAGAUAUGGUUAAAUACAAUGCUACAUGGUAUACUGCAGUUCCUACUAUCCAUCAAAUUAUCCUGGAUCGCCACUUGAGUAACCCGGAACCUGUUUACCCAAAACUCCGGUUCAUUCGGAGCUGUAGUGCCUCCCUUGCCCCUUCUAUACUGGAGAGGCUAGAAAAUACUUUUGGGGCUCCAGUAUUGGAAGCUUAUGCAAUGACAGAAGCUACCCAUUUGAUGUCGUCAAACCCAUUACCGGAGGAUGGUCCACAUAAGCCCGGAUCAGUUGGGAAACCUGUAGGUCAAGAGAUGGCAAUAUUGGAUGUAAAUGGUGUGGCUCAAGAGGGUAAUGCUACUGGGGAGGUGUGCAUCAGGGGUCCAAAUGUGACAAAGGGGUAUAAAAAUAAUCCUGAAGCUAAUAAGGCUGGAUUUCAAUUCGGGUGGUUUCAUACAGGAGAUCUCGGAUAUCUUGAUUCGGAUGGUUACUUGCACCUUGUCGGUAGGAUUAAGGAGCUCAUUAACCGCGGAGGGGAGAAAAUUUCACCUAUCGAAGUGGAUGCAGUUCUUCUAUCUCAUCCAGAAAUUGCUCAAGCUGUUGCUUUUGGAGUCCCUGAUGACAAAUAUGGAGAAGAGAUAAAUUGUGCUAUAAUUCCUAGAGAUGGAUCCAAGAUUGACGAGGCAGAGGUUAUAAGAUAUUGCAAAAAGAAUCUGGCAGCUUUUAAAGUGCCAAAGAAGGUUUUCAUGACAGACUCUUUACCAAAGACUGCAAGUGGGAAAAUUCAAAGACGAAUUGUAUCUGAGCACUUCCUUUCUCAAAUUUCAGCUGCUCAAGUCCCCAAAUUUGGUGCCUAAAUACUCAAUUUCAUUGUUUAUGUUAGCAGAUAUGAAACUCUUAUGUUGUAACAAACCAGAUCAUAUUUUAUUCAGUGUGCUGUAGUAUGGUGAAUAACAUCAUCAUAGUUCAAGAUGAUGAACAAAUAAGCUUAUUCUUUUAGCAAUAGAAUAUGCUGAGUACACAAGAGAAUUUUGACAGAUGUUUGAAUUUGCUAUUAUGUAAAGAUGUGGCAAUUUAUGCCCAUUAUGAAAUACUUAUUUUAAUUU